AUGGCUGCCAGUUUUGAUUUCAUCAUCGUGGGCGGGGGUACAGCAGGCUGUGUCCUUGCGAGCCGCUUGUCUGAGUACCUGCCAGAAUCCUCCAUCCUACUGAUCGAGGCUGGCGUGAAAGAUGACCCUCGCAUUAGACCGGCUCUGGGACUCACCGGACAAGCAGCCAAUGAGAUAAAAUGGAAUAUUCAAAGCGUUCCUCAACGGGCGGUUGGUAACAAGACUAUCGACCUUGUUCAGGGGAAGGUACUCGGAGGCACAUCAGCAAUCAAUCAUCAGUUAUGGUCUCGCGGUUCGGCGGGGGAUUUUGAUCAGUGGGCGGCUGAAGUUGGUGAUGAGCGCUGGUCUUGGGAUGGACAGUUACCAUUCUUCAAGAACGCCGAAACAUUCUACCCAGGAACUGCUCUCCAAGGCAAAGAUUUGUCUGCGGUACAUGGCUUUAACGGACCUAUCAAGGUGUCGCAAACUUCGUCUAGUGGGCGUCCGCGUAAUUUUCCAUUGAAAGAACCCAUUGCAUCAAUGUACAAAGCUGCUGGCAUUUCUCAAACCGCCGAUUUGAACUCUGGAGACAUUCUAGGAUUCACUGAAGUGACAUCUAACAACUAUGAUGGUAUCCGACAGUGGGCAGGAGGCAACUACUCCUUUGGCUCCAACGUGACACUGUGGACAGAAACUCAUGUUUCGAAGAUUGUAAUGAAGGGCUCUCGCGCGAGGGGUGUCGAGUACUUGCGACCCUCUGGUGGUACAAGUGGCAUUGUCUCGGCCAAGAGAGAAGUGAUCGUUUCUUCUGGUGCACAGGGCUCACCAAAACUUCUCUUGCUUAGGCUAGUCCCCAUCUCCAGCGUUAUUUCCGAUAAGCACGACAUCGAGCAAGUAACUCAGCUUCCCGUAGGGGAGAAUUACAGUGAUCAUCCCAUGCUGGCAACAUACUGGCAUCUUGAAAAACGCGGCCUCGCCCUCGGGGAUGUCGCAGUUCGCACUGCGGAAUGUGACUGGACGUCCGGCUUGCCGGUUGACUGGGUUGCUUUUCACCGUCACGAUAAUGACCGAGUGAUUAAGUCUCUGGCAGAGAGUCAACUAGAUUCGAAGGAGCUGGACCGUUUCCAAAUCAAGAACAGAGCGCACACGGAAUCAGUAGUUUUAUACGGUCAUAUCGACUUUUCUGGCAAGGCUGGUCCUCCACCGCCUGGAUCCAACAUGUGCGUGAUGAACAUCUUGGUGACGCCGUCGUCACGAGGCACUGUAUCCCUCAAGUCUACCGACCCCCUCGAUCCUCCAGUUUGUGAUCCCAAUAUGUUGUCCAAUGAGCUUGAUCAACAGUUGCUUUGGUCCGCAGCCCGUUUGACAAGCAGAGGGUUGGAACGAACAAUUGCCCCAGAGUACGGAGUGUCUGAGUACGCCGUUGAUGAUGAUCUGCGCAACGACUAUGGCGAUGAAGCCAUGAUGCGUCGAGCGCUCCGAAUCGUCCGUACUGUGAACCAUGGCAGCGGCACGUGUGCAAUGGGCUCCGUUGUGGAUACAGAGUGCCGAGUAAAUGGAAUUGAUGGCCUACGAGUGAUUGACUCAAGCGUUAUUCCUUUCCCGAUUUGUGCGCAUUACCAGGCGGCUGUCUACGCCCUGGCAGAACAGGUAUGUUCUUCGUUUCUCCAUUUCAUUCUUUUGGUUGAUCACAUUAUUGUUCGGUGA